CUCUCUCUCUUCUCAAUUUUCCUCUGCCUUUUGCCGACCGCAAUGAGUUGAAGCCCCACUACACUACUGAGCGAGCUUCUCUCUCUCUCUCUCUCUUUCUGCAGAGUUCACUCCCAAUGCAGGACAUCUUCGGCUCCGUCCGCCGAUCACUGGUGUUCCGGCCGUCCGCCGACAAUGAGGAAACUCCGCCGCCGGUGGCUUCAACCUCCUCCACCACCGCCGCCGGGGCGAUCGUAGACAAGAUCAGUUCCUGCAUCCGCAGGUCCCGAGCAUUCACCAAGUCCGCUUCUCCUUCAGCCGCCAGAGACACUGCGCCUCCGAUCCGAUGGCGGAAAGGCGAGUUGAUUGGGUGCGGAGCCUUCGGGAGGGUCUACAUGGGGAUGAAUCUCGACUCCGGAGAGCUUCUAGCCGUUAAGCAGGUCUUGAUCGCAGCUAAUAGUGCAUCGAAGGAGAAAGCUCAGGCUCAUAUUAGGGAGCUCGAGGAGGAGGUGAAACUUUUAAAAAAUCUAUCUCAUCCAAAUAUAGUGAGAUACUUGGGUACAGUCAGGGAGGAAGAAACUUUGAAUAUUUUGUUGGAAUUUGUACCUGGUGGAUCGAUAUCGUCACUGUUAGGGAAAUUUGGAGCAUUCCCGGAAGCAGUUAUAAGAAACUACACAAAGCAACUACUAGUGGGACUGGAGUAUCUACACAAGAACGGGAUUAUGCACAGGGAUAUCAAGGGGGCGAAUAUUCUCGUAGAUAAUAAAGGUUGCAUUAAACUUGCAGACUUUGGUGCCUCGAAGCAGGUUGUUGAACUGGCUACUAUUUCUGGUGCAAAGUCUAUGAAGGGCACUCCAUAUUGGAUGUCUCCAGAAGUGAUUCUCCAAACAGGACAUAGCUUCUCUGCUGACAUAUGGAGUGUUGGGUGUACUAUUAUCGAGAUGGCAACAGGAAAGCCUCCUUGGAGCCAACAAUACCAAGAGGUUGCUGCUCUCUUUCAUAUCGGGACGACAAAAGCACAUCCACCAAUUCCUGACCAUUUAUCAGAAGUGGCAAAGGAUUUCCUGCUAAAGUGUCUGCAGAAGGAACCAGAUCUGAGACCAACUGCAUCACAGCUACUGCAGCAUCCUUUUGUCACGGGGCAACCUGCAGAAUCUGAUCCUGUUUCUUCUGACACUAACACGGAAAAAUCUGAAUUUCUGUCGGCUUCAUGCUCUCCUGGCACUAAAUCCUUUCAAAUGCCAAUCAACCCCAGCACAGGGGAUAUAUAUAACUUGGACAAUCUGAAUGGCUCAUCAGUUUGCCAGAACUUGUCCAGCAACAUGUGGGGAGCAAAUAAUAGUGGUGAUGACAUGUGUCAGAUUGACAGAUUCGAUUCUGUAGUAGGUUGUAUGCCUGAUGACCUGAAUAAGAGUUUUAACCCUGUCACUGAGCCUUCAGUUGAUUGGAGGUGCAAAUUUGAUGAAACUCCAGAACUUGAGCGGACAGGAACUCUCUUAGAUGUUGAUCAGUCGGCCAUUGGUCCUGCUAUUCAGCCCACAGCUUGCAAAGUGGAAAAGAAAGAGUUUUCAUUUUCCUGUGGGCCGUCAUUGUCGGAGGAGGAGGAUGAACUCACUGAAUCCAAAAUCAGAGCCUUUCUUGAUGAGAAGGCUGUGGAGCUAAAGAAACUCCAAACUCCAUUGUAUGAAGAGUUCUACAACACUUUGAGUGUCGCCUGUUCUCAAGGAAUUCUGGAGGGUAUUCGUGAAGAAACUGCUCCGAGUUACUUAAAAUUGCCACCUAAAAGCAGAUCACCUAGUCGAUGCCCAAUUGGCACUCCAUCCACGACCACUGAUGGCAUGAGCUCUGUAAGCCCUGGGAGUAAUAGCAGCAGACGCAUAUCGAAUGUUGGCAAUGUAAGUGCCCAAUCUUCACCUGAUGUGGGAUCACCUCAGCUCAGUGAAUUGAAAAGUCCAGCAGUUGAUGUUUCUCUCGAUUCAACCAGCCCGAGUGUCAUCUUCUCUGAGAGGCAAAGGAAGUGGAAAGAAGAGCUUGACCAAGAGCUUGAGAGAAAGCGAGAAAUGAUGCGUCAAGCUGUUGUCGGAGGUAAAACAUCAUCUCCAAAGGACCGAGCCCUGAAUCGGCAGAGGGAGCGGACGAGGUUUGCGUCUCCUGGGAAAUGAGUAAGGAGGUGCGUGCAUGCUCUAUCCCUAAGGUGGAUUUUGUUAUUUUGCAACAUCUAGUUGAGGAACUCAGAUACCCGAUUCUUGAUAUGAAGUACUUCAUCAGCCAGCCUACCAUUCUUGCGGUAACAUGAGCGAUACAACAAUUCUGGGUACGAAAUACUGGAUGCUGAGAUAGGAUCUAUAUGCUCAAAUGAAGAAUCGGUUCACAACGACACCUCGAAAUCCUCCCCGGGGCAAAGCUGUUGUGUGGAUGAUAGUGAUCACUAACACGCAAUGCUUAAAAUGGAAUAUCGAGAAGCAUUUUUUCUUCUCCGAGCUGUUUCAGUUUCCCUGUCCCCUCUAAUUUGUUUCAUUUGAAAGAGGUUAGUCAGUGGCGGCUUCGGCAGGGGAGUGAAUGCAUGUUUUGUUCCAUUUGUACUUUAGAACGUCUAGACAUUAUAUGCUACUUACUCAACCCGAUGAGCAUUCUGAUCUCAUUGUUGAUCAAUCUGUGUGCCCCGGGUAUUGUAACGUAAUAAUAUUGGUGUUUUGGUGUUC